AUGAACAAAUUACAUAAAGAUAUAGAUAAUUCUUCAACCGAAGAACAACCUUCUAGUUUAUUGGAUAUUGCCAGGCCAAGAGAGAACAUACGCAUAAUCCCAGAUGUGGUUGUCCUAAUAGAAACAGAAUAUUAUCCUAGAUACCAUUACUACACGAACAAUAACCCUAUCUACACUAUUAGUGACUCGCCAAUGGAAGAGUACGUUAAAAUCAGCAAUAUACAAGACUGGAAACUUAGACAGGCUUUGCCAUUAAGACUAGCAACUGUUUUUAACUACCUGGUUCUUGAAUUCUCUAACGAUAUGUUUAAAAGAGCAUUGAACCGCACAUUUCCCUUGAUAGAGAACACGAUAUGGGGGUUGCUGUUGGCUUUGGGCAUUUUGAUACCACUUUUAAUCCUUAAUAUACUAAUCAUAGUCUGGGGCAUCAAGGCUUACUUGGCUCGUUACCGGUUGAACCGCAAAGCAGGGUUUUCUUGGCCUAUGUGGCAGGCUAUUUGGUAUUAUAUCAGACGGUUCAUCAAAUGUUUCAUCGCCGACUGUGUUACUGUGGCCAUUAUUUCUCGAAUAGAUACUUAUUCUUAUUUGAAUUACACGCUUUUUGCUUCUUUGAUCGGCUUACUUAUCGUUGCAAUGACAGGCUACCGUAUUUUGUGUCUUGACAGGGAUAAGAAAGAGGAUGCUCUAGCCCAUAAAUUAACCACACACCGCACAGCAGGGUACCGUAUUAACAGCCGCAUAUACUGGAUCAAUGUCAUCCAUGGUGGUGUGAUUGCUCUUUUUGGCGUAUCUAGUCUAUGCGUGCAUUGGACAACAAGUAGUGAGCAACCGGGACAAUGA